GCCAGGCACUGUCCAUAAAUACGUCUGUCUGAGGGCAGAGGAGACAGAAUUAGCCAUUCACCUGGACAACCAAGAACAUGAAGUCUCUCCUACUCUGCUGCCUGAUGCUCCUUCUCUCCAUGAUCUGCAGCAGGGGCCACAGUGCAUCCCUUGGUGGGAACGAAAUAAAGGCUCCCGAACACUUGAUCUCUGAGUCUCAGCGGGGGGAAUCUGAUGCCUUGGGAUUUCUGCUGAGGACCAAGAGGGAACCCAGCAUCCACAUCUGCUUGUACUGCUGCAAUUGCUGCAAAAAACAGAAGGGCUGCGGCAUGUGUUGUCGGACCUGAAAAUUCUUCGUUUUGAUUUAGGAACAUCCUCAAAGGACACCAAGCAAGACCCAACAUCAAGGCUGAGCAGCCACAGACAAUCCCUUGCUCUAGGCCUUGUGAUCCUGAUGGUCUUCGAGGAUCAGAAUCAAUGGUUCUUUGGAGUCAUUAUACCACUCCCCUAAAAUCCAGGUUCUGACUGAGACUUGCCUGUUACUAUAAGGAGUAAAACAGUCCUUAGCAGUCCUUACGAGUGAUUCCUUUUGCCCCUCAAUCACUACAUGUAUUUAUUUAUUAUAAUGCUGCUUCUCUCCUCAUUUAUUUAUAUUCUUUUUUAUAUCAUUGUAUAAGAUCUAUAUCUACUGACUCUUCUGUAUAAGAACUAUUUCAUUGUAGUUGACUCUUUAAUACCUUCAUGUUUGAUUUAGUAUGUGCCAAGCAGUAACAAUAAAAUUUCUUAUCUAAGAGAUCAAAA